ACAACGACGCCGCACCAAAGAGUUGUGCGUGUCCGAGACCGAACGCCCGUUUACUUUGACGCAUCGGCGACGCGCUUUAAACACGAGCCAACACCGUCGCGGCUACAAAGACUCUCCGGAGACCGUUCCGCGUAUUGUGCGCGUGCUAACAGAGACGCCGUGCCACCCGAGCUCUCGAGGAAGAGCGCUACGACUGUCCUUCCUCGUUCCCCGAGGCCCCUGUGCAAUCCUUCCGAAGCAGCCGAGCCACUGCACACAACUGCUGACAUGAAGCCCACGACGUGGACCCGGUUCCUAAUUUGGACAGCGCUCUGCGCGUGCUCCUUUCUGAGGACAGCCCUGUGCCAGCAGCAGGAGUGCGACCCUGUGCCGGUGCUGCGUUGCUACGGCGGCCUGCUAAGCACCAUCGAGACAGACAUGGACAGGCUGGCUGCCAAGUACGGGCCCGAGCUCGACUCCGCGCUUAGGACGUUCGUCGGGAAAUACCCGGCUUCGUCUUCGCCGUGCAAGAUACGGCCCGGAGAGCAGGGUCGGUGUACGGCCGCCGAGCGCGAGCAGCUGGAACGCAUCGAGGGCGUCUACGAGGUCUUCCAGAGGACAGUCAGCGACAGCGACGCGCUCAAAGACAUGGUGGAGGCGUACAAGUGCUGGGACCGGCGCAAGUACCGCGACUGCUUCGCCAACCUGCUCCAGGACACGCUCAUCCGCGAGUACCGGGACUCGUCGUCGUACCAGUACACGCCGGAGAAGACCAGGAUCUGCAGGCAAUGGUCUGGCCUAGCCGACAGGUGCUUCGACGACACGACCGAUAACCUGUGCUCCGAGAGUGCGAAGGCGGGACGACAGCACUUCCGCGGCGUGAUGGCAGCCUAUGUGGGCAGCUUUGGAUGCCGGGAUAGCGCCGCCACGGCAGGCCGGCCGCUCCUGCUGACCAGCACCGCCAUCGGCUUUGCCAUCUGGCUGACGAUGCGCCUCGGUGCCUUCUACUAAUCGGCUGCUGUAGUGUCGUGCGACGACAAACCUGCAAGCGGCGUCCGGCCAACGUUACCUAAUCAUCGUCGUCAUGAUUAGAUUAUCGAGGUCUCCUGCAGGAAGGAAGGCCUCCUCCAGAAAUCUUCCAGUCCCGACCAAUACCUCUACCAUUCUUAUGGGUUGACAUAUGUCUAAUCCUAGCUACAUUUAAAAAUAAGGAUAUGGUUACUUAGAGAUUUCAUACACCAGCACGCAUAAAGCGCUUCCUAUACAAGAAAGAAAACAUGUUUUUCUCGGACGCAUGUCCCCAUAUGGGAGCGCGCUGGGGCAGUUGUAUCCCGCGGAUGAUGCCAUCACUAAUUUACUCUUUCACCUUUUUGACGUAUUUACAGAGCUUAUACGAAUAAUUCUGCGAAUGGUAUGCACGGUGUAUGUAAUGGCAUGCAUGUUCUCUGUUUGUGGCAACACAGAAAAAAAAAAGUUUGCCGGCUCUGAAGCUUAGUUUGUUUCGGAUUCCAAGCAUAAACAUCACAUAUAUUUAGGAGCAUUUCCUUUAACGCACUGCUUCGCUGCUUUCAUGUUAAGAACGCUAUGUAACGCUGAUGCGUUCAUGUCGUUCGUCACCUGAAAGUACCAGGCACGCAGCCUUAUAGAAGGUGACGCAGUAUAGACGACAAUUAUUGUUUGAGGACAAUGUAAAAGCCCUAAAGGGUGCAAAUUCGUUUUAUAGCGCACGGCAUGUUCGUCCUAGGCACAUCUUGUAUCCUGAACCGCAGCAAUGAUUCAUAACUGUCUCAACUCACUGGAGAAAGCGGAAAUUUGCACCGGUAAGUGAAAGCGGAACUUGAACAUGACAGAUGUUCUUGCCAACCAAGUGUCUCAUUAGAACCACCUUGACCACUGACGAAUAAUUCUUGACAGGCCCGUAACGGUAACAAAACGUCAAUUAACCACUGUCAUGGUCACAAAGCAGACAAACCUGGCCAAACUAGAGCUGAUCCGAACAAUUUGCAAAGAAACUAGUAGUUUUCAUAAAUGUUCCGUGUUUACAUUGGUUCUGCCGUCUUGAAGGUUCGCGCUUCGCGUCCGUGAGCUCGAAACUUGAUCAUCGUGUUAAGCUGACACUAAAGGCAAAUAUUAGGUCAAUUUGGACCGUUAAAAUGUCAUUCCAUAAACCUCGCAGCGUUUCGUGGCAAGAAAAGACUUAGUCUAAGAGAAAAUCCCGUCUGAAGUUUUCGCAUAUUUUAAGCUCAAUACAAAUCGCCCGCGCCCGAGCGGGUAGUCGUGACGUUGUAUAAGCCAUCGCCACCCUUUACUACCGUCGGCGCGUAAAACGGCGCCCGACAGCUGGCGCUGCCGCUUCUUGCGCAAAACGCAAAUGCGCUGCUAAAGAAACCAGCCUAGACAGCCGUCAGAGCGAAAAGGGAAGGGAAAGCGCGCGCCAAAUUAUAAACACGAUCUUCGACGCUCGCCGCGAUGACCUCGUCCCCUGCUACUAGCAGUUUGUGAGAGUUACAUGAUCCAGUAAAACCAGCGCAGCACUACGCGAAAACUGAACCUUUCGACCACCCGCGCUGUUACGGUGGCUAUUGCAGCCAUAUGGUUGUAAAUGGUAACGUCAAAUAGUUCUUUUUUCGAAGAAUUGAAUAGAAGUGAACAAGUAGCAUGUUCUUCCGUAAUAUAAUGCAAUGCAAGGAUCUUUUUUUAUUAUGCGUGGUUCAGCACCAGGGACAGAAAUAUUAUGAGAAGCCGCUACGUCACCGGGAUAGUACUUGAAUGUUCCGGGAGCUCCAGAUCGUGUCCUGCAUUUACCUCAAUUUCUCGGUUAUUGCUGUUCUGUUAUUCCUCGAUAACAUCGACGCCUUAGAUGGUCUCGAGCAUUGUGUCACUAUAGCUUGACUUAAUAUUUGCGUCUAGUGUCCUUUAGGUGCAUUUGCAAUCGCUCACUGGCGCCGGUGUACAUUUUCCAGAGUGAGCGAGUGGAUUGCAAGGCUCUGCAUUGUUUUUACCAAUAACAAAGUAACGGGCCAUUGUGAAAGCGUCUUCGCAGGCACGAAUUCGGAGAUUUAUGGCGAGUGUAGAAAGCUGGUUCUUGAAACCACUGUUCUUGUAGAUAAGCAACGCAUGCCUGGUAAUUCACCAACCUAUCAACCACGGCGAACACCUGAAGUUGUUUAAUUCAUGCAGUUGUACAAGGUCUUUUCUCAGGUCAUCAUCGCUUAGUCUUUUGUACUAUACAUAUUUUUUUUUCUUAUUUUACAAACUUGUCUUGGAAGGCUCAUGACCCGAAUGACACCGCAGACGUUUGCGAGCCUGGACAUUUGUUUGCAGUCCAAAACGUUCUGCUGUAACAAAAAGAGACAAUAAAAAGAUAUUCACUCCCA